CCCGCCAAAAGUUUGGUACUCAUCCGCCACCUCCGCCGAGCCUUUCCUUCCUCAUUCCGCAGCUCACCGGCGCCACCUCUGUUGGACAGCGACGGCGCUGACCUUCACGCUGCCCAAUUUCAAACCGGUCGCCUUCCGUCUGCCACAUUACGGAAGUCAAGAGUCAGGGGCACACACGUCGCCAUGGGAGAGCCUGGACUUUCAGCCGAGUUUUUCAUCGAUCUUAGCAUCACAUCAUCACCAUCUUUGCCCCAACAACCAGGGGACCCACCGUCUACCUCAGACGUUUCUCCUUUCUGCAAAACCCUAAAACCCUACGUGGCGAUAUCUGCUCAUGACGCGUCAAAUCCCCAUAGCCCUAAAAUUUCAGAUCGGAAAUGGAAGAGGAGCUGUUCUCCUUAUCAACGCAAUCAGAGAGGAUAAUUGGCCCUAAGGGACGAUCGGAUCAACAUCCUAAUCGAUUCUUUAAUGGAAUCACAGAGAGGUUUUCUUGUCCGUGAACAAGCAGAGACAUGCAUGUUCUCCUAAGUGGAGCGAUGGCUGGAGUUUUCAUCCAUUUGCGAGUAAAGUAAAUUGCAUGGCUGUCUUAGUUGGUACAGAACUUGAAUAUAACUACACUCCAUAGAAUGACAGGAUCCAACUGAAACUUGGUCUCCUCACUCUCACUCUGGCCAUGGGGAUUUUCAUGGUAGUAUGUUUACUGUCUCUUUUCUAUUCUUUCUUCUGCAUUUGGAAGUUGAUUCUGCAAAGGAGAGACCAAUGCUGUUAUCUGUUGGGGUACGAGUGCUAUAAAGCUACUGAAGACAGGAAGCUGGGUGUGGAAGCCUGUGUAAAUAUCAUCUUGAGGAACAGGAAUCUGGGGCUUGAAGAAUACCGAUACCUACUCAAAAGCAUGGUCAAUUCGGGAUUAGGAGGAGAAACUUAUGGCCCGAAAAACAUAAUUGCAGCCAGAGAAGAAAGCCCUUCUCUAUCAGAUGCUAUUUCGGAGAUGGAUGAUGUGUUUUCGAGCGCACUCGACAAACUCUUUGCCAAGACGGGAGUUUCUCCAUCUGACAUUGAUAUACUUGUUGUGAAUGUGUCUUUGUUCUCUCCAGCGCCUUCGUUGACUGCUCGAAUAAUAAACCGUUACAAGAUGAGGGAGGACGUCAAAGCCUUCAACCUCUCUGGGAUGGGGUGCAGUGCCAGUAUUGUAGCUAUUGAUCUCGUGAAACACUUGUUCAAGACAAACAAGAAUGCAUAUGCGGUUGUUGUUAGUACAGAAUCCAUAGGACCAAACUGGUAUAGUGGGAAGGAACAGCCUAUGAUGCUCACAAACUGUUUGUACCGAUCGGGAGGCUGUUCGAUGCUCUUCACGAACAAGGCAGCUUUGAAGGAUUCUGCUCUGCUGAAACUUAAAUGUAUUCUUCGAACGCAUCUGGGAUCAAGCAACGAAGCAUAUGGAUGUUCCAUUCAAGUGGAAGAUGACCAUGGUCACCGAGGUUUUCGUCUCACCAAACACAUAAAAGCUGUUGCAACUCAAGCUCUCACCAUCAACCUUCAAACUCUACUGCCUAGGAUUUUACCAUUGAGGGAACUACUUCGCUAUGCCAUCCUAACUCAUCCUUUUUACAAAACCAUCAACGGCAACAUCGAAGAAAAGAAAGUGCGCUUGAAUCUGAAGACUGGAGUCGAUCACUUUGGGAUACCACCAACUGAAAGGGCAGUCAUUGAUGGGAUCGGUAAGAGCUUAGGGUUGAGUGAUUAUGACCUAGAGCCUGCAAGAAUGGCACUCCAUAGAUUUGGAAACACAUCCACUGGUGGCCUUUGGUAUGUUUUAGGCUACAUGGAAGCCAAAAAAAGGCUAAAAGAGGGUGACAAGAUUCUGAUGAUAAGCUUUGGAGCAGGCUAUGAAUGCAACAGCUGUGUGUGGGAGGUUAUGAGCAACUUGGAAGAUGAAAAUGUCUGGAAAGACUGCAUCCAUAGCUACCCUGCAAAAUACACUGUGAAUCCACUUGCAGAGAAAUGCAGUUGGCUCAACGACGAGCGUCUAUCGUUCGUCAAGUUUGACGACGUAAAACACAAUCUACAGCGACAAAUUCUUUGAAAAAAGGUCCGUUUUUUUCUCUGUUUCUCUGUUUCUCUUAUGAAAGGUACUUUUAACUUCUCUACCUGCUUUGCUUGUAAAAGCUUGGUUGUUUUUGUUGCUUGUUUGUUUUCUUUGGUUAUGAAAAAAAAAAAAAAAAGAAGCUAGAAAUGGCAAUCA